GUAAGCGUAUGUCCUUCUCCAAAAUCUCGCUUUCGAGGGUGGGGAGAGAGUAGAAGAGAAAUAUCAAAUUUCCCUUCAAAAGCCUCUCCUCUCUUUGUUCAAGUUUUUUUCCUUGGAUGUGCAUGUUUCUUGUGGAACAAGGCAGUUCUGUUUUUAAGUAAAAUUCAUGGCGACGGAUUCGUUCAUCAAGUUAAAUCCAAUUUCCUUUAACCGUGCCCGCUUCGACCUCCGAGAUUUUGCUGGCAUAAGUCCUAAAAGCAUCUCUUCUCUGUGUUGCAUUAGCCCAAGAUUGAUAUCUUGCAACCAUUUCAGCCCGAGAACAUUGAUAUCCGGCGAGAAUGGUAACAUAUUGUUUUCCAAGAAAAAGAUCCCCGCGUUUGUCCGAUGUCAGACAAGUCUUGGGAUCGGAAGGAACCAAAAAUGGUGGGAGAAGGAAUUGAAACCGAACAUGAAGUCGGUUACAUCACCGCAAGAUCUUGUCGUCUCUUUACGUAACGCUGGAGAUAAACUUGUCGUUGUUGAUUUCUUCUCGCCUAGUUGUGGUGGCUGCAAAGCUCUUCAUCCCAAGAUAUGUAAAAUUGCAGAGAAGAAUCCGGAAGUAGAGUUUCUACAAGUGAAUUAUGAAGAACAUAGAAGUUUAUGUCAAAGUCUUAACAUUCAUGUUCUUCCCUUCUUCCGCUUCUAUCGUGGUUCCUCUGGCCGCGUUUGCAGCUUCAGUUGUACUAAUGCCACGAUAAGGAAAUUCAAGGAAGCGUUGGAGAAGCAUGGGAGGGAGCAAUGUAGCAUUGGAGAAACAAAGGGGCUUGAGGAGAAAGAACUUGUCGCCAUGGCUGCAAAUAAAGACUUGUCAUUCGAUUAUAAACCCACAUCGUGUGGAAAUAUCCAAGAGCAAAAAAAGAAAGAAAUAUUUCUCCCGAAAUCUCCAACUUUUAAUAAACAAAAAGAAGUAGAACAUUCUCUACUACUAGUUAGUCCUGCUCCUGCAUGAAUGGUCUAGCAUUGCUGUUACCAUUUGCUUGUGUGAUUCAAUAUAGAGUAGUCAUAUGCAUAUGUGUAUAAUGUUAAUUGUAAAUGCAGGUUCAUUUGGGGGGUAUAAUUGUGUUAAAGUUUCUUGUUUAAUUAUGUAAGGUGAGAUAGACUCGUAUUUAUAUUUUAAUCUCAUUAUCGAAAAUAAAAUAAUGUAUGUUGUCAUGUUGUUUGAAAGAAAAGAGUAGUGUAACACUAACACAUGGCCAAACUAUACGUGUCGAAGUUACAUGAAAUUGUGAGAUGUGAUAAUUUUCAAACAAAGUUUCAAUAAGAAGUCAC